AUCCUUGAGUAAUCAACCAGAAAGCGUUUUGAAUUUACUGUUUUCUUGUCUCACGAAGAGAUUUGAAUGGCACUUUUUGAGUACCGCUGGUAAUAAUAUCAACUUUGCUUAUGACUAAUAUUUUGAUUGUUUUAUGUUUGUGGUGUUUUAAUAAGGUUUAGAAUAGGAAACAAGCCGAAUGAUGUAUCGCAUCUAUUUUAUGUAACAUUUUGUGAUAAGUUUUAAAGUGAAAUAGUAAUAAAUUAUAAUUUUUAAAUAAAACAAUAACAAUGAGUACCCCUUCGCCAGCCCCUCGUUUAACAGCGGACAAAAAACCAGUGCCAACUCCGCGUAGAACCAAAAUAACGGAAGAUAUUAGUAAACCACCACCUGUUGAUACAAAUAUAAAUACAAACACAUUUAAGAAGAAAGCUCGACAAAAGCUUGAGGACUUUAGUGAAGGUACCAGACAAAGCCUAAGAAAACUCUCCAGGAGAUUAAGUUCUGCAAGCCAACGAGAAAGUGUUUGUGAGGAACCCAAAGUAGAUGAUUUUGAACAGGACAUAAACAUAUUUAAUUCAAUAAGUUUUGGAUCACCAAUAACAAAAUCACCUGGAGAAAAUAUAUACAACAACAUAAAUGAAGAAAGCGAUGUUUUAUCUUCAAGUCCUCCACCUCCAGCACAUCCUCCACCCCCAUUACCAGAUGAUUCCUGGUAUGACACCCCUUCAUCAUUAGCCUCAAACAGCACUUCAUCGUCUAAUCUUACUGCCAGCAGCAAACACAACUAUGAAACAGUAUUUCCCAAUGGGGAUAAAAAGGAAGUAAUAAUAUUAUCUUCGGAAGAUAAUGCCACAAUGGAGACUGCAUCUCAGUCUAGUUCGUGGAAUUUUUAUGAUGAAGUUAUUCUGAACAAUGAUGUGGAAGUGGAGUUGAGACCUUCAGUAAUGCCAGUGCCAGAAGAAAAAGGCAGCUGUGCAUCAAAUACUAAUUCUACAUAUGAAAACUAUGUGCCCCCUUGUUUGGUUCCAAGGGCCUCAAAGAGUGUUAUAUACCAGUUUGAUCCACUAAAUAACAAUGUCAAUCCAACAUCUGGAACAGUGUCAUCAAAUCACUUAAGCGAAAUACAAGUCCUCGAGGAACUCUUACAAGGCGAUUUGUACGGAACCACGAGCUUAGAAACUACGGAAUCGUGGAGCAUAUCGAACGAUUCCGACAGCGAAGAGUUCCUAAACCCACCCACGCCUCCAACCAGGUUCGAUUCCCUCCCCGAAGAGGAGGAAGAACGUACGAAUGAAGCACCUCAGAAAGAGGCUACGCCGCAAACCAACCACACCUCGGUAACCAAAUGGUUCGACGAAGGAGCGGAACGCGAAGAAAGUGCUGCCAACAAUAAACCGAAAAGAAACCGGAGUUUCAGAAUGUCGUCGUUUUUCGAAAAGGCGCCUUCGUUAUUGAAAAACAUAAGACUUACGAAAGAUAAUGAGGUUGAUAGGCCGGAGAUAUUGGUGAAUAGAAUGAUAGGAAGAAAAGGGAGGCUAUUUAAAGUGAUUAGUAAUCCGGUAGAAGGUCUUUUUAGCGAGUACAAUUGCAGAUGGUGCGUACUUGAGAGUUCCAAUUUGAUUUGUUACUCGGAUUCGGCCUAUUCAAGCGUUAAGGAAAGUUUCAAAGGGUCCUCGAUUUUAAGUAUUCAGUUGUUACAAGAUGCCAAGUAUAAGUAUAGGCAUAACGGCGAUGCGUUGCACUGUUUCGAAUUGAACGUGACCGGAAAAGCCAGGGGGGGACACGUGUACGGGGCCAAAGAAAGCAGCGAAACGCGCGUUUGGCUGCAGGCCCUUGCAGAAAGUUUGACCACCAGAUUUCCCACCAUUAUUACUAGCAGUUUUACCAGAUUCGGAUGGGCAUAUGUUAGAGAGGCUUUAAGCGGUAGUUGGAUAGGUGCUUGGGUGGUUUUAAGAAAGCGCGAAUUAUCUUACAUAACAGAUAAAAUGAAUUCUCCCAAAACAAUUGAUCUCAGAAAGGCCAGAUGCAUAGUGUUGCAACCCUACCAAGAAAACGACAAAAAUCCGUCAACCAAUGACAAAGGCCCAAAUAUGCUUAUCGACUGCCCUCAUAUGGUUUUGUAUCUAAGGAUGUGGACACAAAGGGAAACAAAGGUUUGGUGCCAUAUAAUUAAGCUAGCGGCCAGUAAUAAUGGAGCUGACUUGGAAGAACAACAAUUAUCGAAAAAUAAUAUACCUGUUAUAGUAGAAACAUGUAUCAAUUUUAUAUACUUACAUGGGAGCAUGACUGAAGGAAUUUAUAGAAAACCCGGUGUAAAUUCGUCUAUAUCGGAAAUACUGGAUAGUUUUAGAAAAAACGCUUUUACAACCCACUUAAAAUUAGACAAAUACAGUGAACACGAUGUGGCCACAGCUUUAAAACGAUUUUUCAGAGAUCUUCCUAAACCCUUAAUUAGUUCAAAUAAAAGGCAAUAUUUAUACGAAGUCUCAAAAAUUCACAAUAAGGAAGAAAAAAUAAGAAUGUUUAAAGCGGCACUUGAAGACCUGCCUGUAAUUUACAGCAAUGUAGUUAGGAAAUUGUUGGGGCAUUUGCAUUUUAUUAGUACCCAGAGUGAUAAAAACUUAAUGAACAUUCACAAUCUGGCUUCAUGUUGGGGCCCUACAUUAUUACACACAGAGCAUAAGAAAGAUACCCCUAAAAACCAAAACCAGGUAGACGCCGAAAUCGUCAGUCAGUUGAUUGAAUAUUACCACUACAUUUUCCCAGAGGAUCAAAUACAACUGGAGAAAGAAAAAGUGAUACUUAAAGUAUUAGAAAAAUACCAUACUUCACCUCAGCUCAUGUUUGACAAGAAGAAUGCUGGAGACUUGAGGAUAUGGAUUUAUCUUCUCAGCAAAGAGGGAACAUCCGUUAAUAUAUCGGUUGGUCCCAAUAAAACUGCAUUUGAUGUUACACUGGAACUUUGUGGAAGAGUUAAGAUGAAUGCUGAUGAACUAAUUGUUAAAGAAGUUGUUUUGGACGGGAAAUUGCAUAGGCCUGUACAUCACACUGAAAAAUUAUUGAAUGUGGUAUUAAGAUGGGGCUAUUGGGAUGAACCAGACAGAAAAGAAAAUCACUUAGUACUUGCGAGGUUGUCGGAUUACGGCGACUAUUUCAGAGAAACGAAACCGGAAAUGCCUGGUGGCGAUUUAAAGUUUGCCGACUUCAGAACGAAACUAUUACGAACAUUAAUGUUUAAUUUUUCGUCUGCUACAUUAAGGUGUUACAAGGAACAAAACACUGACAUAGUGUUAUAUUCGUGGAAAAUCGAAGAGAUUACUUGGUACUUUGGCCACGAAACGAAGAGAAAUCCGGGUUCCAAAUGGACUGUUACAUUCUUUGAAAAUUCGUUUACACCCAACCGUACAAAAAGCCAUCCGUUCUUCGGAAAUAUUUUGGUUUGGCCAGAUUCUGAAACCAGGAUCAAAUGGCUACAUGCAAUGCUUAAGUCACAAUAUCCCAACAAUUUGAAACCUCCUGUGACUAUUGUUAAUAUUUAAUUUUUAUUAAUCAAAGAUAACGGUAUUUUAAAUUAGUGAUUUGGCUACGAAAUUGUGAUUUAUAGUUACCAUUUUAAAAAGACAAAAGACUUCAGUUAUUAACACUAUACAAUUUAUUCUUAUUUAAUGAUGCACAAUAAUAUAUAACUAUUUAAAAUGAUUUUAGAACAUUCACGUUCUUUUUUAACUUAUAUUGCUCUAUGAUUUAUCUUUUAUAUAUGAAAUUUUGUUGAAUUAUUGUUAUUAUUACUAUACAAAUUAAAAAAAUAGGCAUUUGAUUUUAAACCUUUGUAAUUGUAAUGGAUUUUUAAAUUUUUUAAAGUUGAAAUAUAGCUAUUUACUAUAGGUGCAACAUUUAAUAAAUCUAUUCAGUAUUCAUACUUGCCAUAUACUUGAGAUUAAGCACAGAUUUUCCUAUGGCACAUUUAAAUAAUUAAUUUUAUGUUUACACUAAAAUUAUAUAUUUUAUUAUGUAC